AUGGCUGCGCCCAAAGUGCCCCUGUGCCUGGUGGUCCCAGUAUGGAACAGGGGCACCAGAAGUGCCCGGGGCCUGAGCAGGAUGGUAGCCCCCGGGGGCAGUCAGGGGAAGAGAAGGACACUGCUCCAGUUCCUGGCUGACCGCUUCUACGAGGUGCGUGCUCUAAGGGAGUUCUUGCAGCAAAUGCAGCUGUUGAAGGUGCAGCGGGAAAAUCGAUCUCUCACCCACCUGCACAAACAGUACAGCCCAGACAUCAUAGGUGCCUUUUUCAUCCUGAAGCAGGGAGGCGCAGUCAGGUUUCGGGGCCAUGACUGGAUCAGGUCAGAUUCCCGUGGCAGAGUCUCUCUUGAUGUCCUGAAGUUCCAGGCGGUGCCUGUAGAGGGCGUGGAUGCCAGUGGCUGCCCCCUCAACUACAACGGCCUGGACAACAUCUUGCCCCUGAAGGAGCUGCAGGAGCUCUCGCUGCAGUGCUGCCCCAACGUGGACGACUGGUGUCUCAGCCGCCUCUACCCACUGGCUGGCUCAUUGCAGGUGCUCUCGUUGGCCGGCUGCCCCCAAAUCUCUGAACGGGGUCUUGCCUGCCUCCACCACCUUCAGAACCUCCACAGGCUGGACAUCUCCAACCUCCCCGCUGUUUCCAACCCUGGCCUCACUCAGAUCUUGGUGGAGGAGAUGUUGCCCCACUGUGAGGUCCUGGGUGUCAACUGGACCCAGGACCUGAAGCUGUCACCAGAGCAGCAGCCUCAGGACACAGCCGGCCAGGCCACGGCCUAG